GCUGCCACAAGGAGCAAUAACGAAAUAGGCAACAAGUUUUUGAAGAAAGUGAAAACUGAAAGAACGUCUGGUAUCUAAUGCAAAUAUUUAAAAAAACAUGUCACUGACAUUAUAGAUAAACCUUCGCUAAUAUUAUUUUAGUUUCAUUCGAGACAUUUAACUCUGAGCUAGAACCGGAAAGAUUUUUUAUCAUAAUUUGUAAUUUAAAAUUCGUGAGAAACUGGUCUCGUUUGAACCGCGCGAAAUUCGGUCUUUUUGUUAAAAAAUGCGUGCAAAACACAACGUGUUCACACUCAAUCAAUAUUAGUCACAAUAAAUGCAUUAUUUAAUAAUAUUAAUUAUGAGAUAAUAUUGUCACAAUAGUUUAGAUUUUAGUGUGGAUUGAGAUCCCCUGUGGGUUAAUUAAGACAGUCGUUCGUAGAGGCUCCGAGGUGAAACACGUUUGCCAUCCGCAUUCAUCCACAUUUCUUAAUAUUUACAGUGCAUUCUUUUUUAUUUAUUGACAGUGUAUCACUACUACCUACACAGUUUAGUGCAAUUGGGACUGUUGAUGAUUGCUCAGUGAAUUAAAAGUUGUUCUUUAGAGAAUAGAUGUUGUGAAACUAACAGCUCUAUUGGGUUUCUUACCGUGCCAAUGACGUAACACCAAAAUGAAGGACUUGGAAUUAAAAUUGCCGACCCGCAAUGUCCUGACCGGUAACAUUGUGAACUGGGAUGAUGACGAGAUUGGCCUUGGCGACGCGCCAGGGAACCUCACUCUGUCAUGGAAAGACCUCUCCGUGUACAGAAAGAAGAAGACACAGACCAGUAUAUGGAAGUCAGCUGUUUAUGAAGAGAUUAGAGUUUUACAUGGAGUAAAUGGCAUCGUGUCCUCGGGUAACUUAGUAGCUUUAAUGGGAUCUAGUGGUGCUGGCAAGACUACGUUGCUCGCUGCCAUAAGUCGUCGUGACAAGAGUGCCAUGACUGGGUACCUGAUGUUGAAUGGCAGACUGGCGGGGGCAGACCUGAUAUCCAGGAUAUCUGGCUUCGUGCCGCAAGAGGACCUGGCUAUUGAAGAUCUGACUGUAGCUGAGCACAUGGAGUUUAUGGCUCGAAUGAUGAUGGACAAGCGAGCGACCAAAAUGGUGAGAGCUAGACGCGUUCAACUCAUGCUGAGCGAACUCGGAGUGAACAACUGUGAUAAAACGAAGCUAAAGGAUCUCUCUGGAGGGGAGAGGAAGAGGGUCGCUUUGGCUGUACAGCUUCUAAACGACCCUCCAAUCCUGUUCUGCGAUGAGCCCACAACGGGUUUAGACAGUUGGGGGGCCGCGGCCGUAGUAUCCCGUCUUCGGAAGCUAGCUAUAGGGGGGAAGCUGGUGAUCUGUUCCGUUCACCAGCCGGCUUCAGGCGUCUUCGAGCUGUUCCACCAAGUUGUACUUCUGGCUAAUGGCAGGACAGCCUUCCACGGGACUAUUGAACAGGCUGACGAGUUCUUCGCGUCUCUCAACUACAAGUGUCCCCUCGGUUUCAACGCAGCCGAGUACUACAUAUCCAUUCUCGGUGUGGAAGUAGACAAGGAGGCUGAGAGCCGCCUCCGCAUCAGACGCAUAUGCGACGAGUACUCCCGGUCAGACAUAGCCGCGGAGAUUGAUAACCGAGUCGGCAAUGUCAGGGACGAAACUGAAUACUUUAAUGGAACUGUCAAUGAAAAGGAACAAUACUUCGAACGAUAUUUAACUCUAGUCAAAGUGAAUUACUUCGUACAAUUCUACUGGUUGAUGUGGAGAAACGUGCAAGCUCUCAAAAGGAAUUACAGUAUAUGGGUCGCCGAGUUUGUAUUGCUUAUGUUCGUAGGCACAAUAAUCUCGGUACCAUACUAUGGCCACUUCGAAGAUCUAGAUCAAAGAGAUAUACAGAACGUGGAAGGACUGCUCUACCUCACCAUAGCGGAGACAAUAUUCCUGUUCAUAUACGCUGUGUUCAUAACAUUCCCAAGUGAAGUGCCAAUAUUACUGCGAGAGACCGCCAGUGGACUGUACUCGCCACUACCGUAUUAUUUGUCCAAGAUGGUGUUCUGGAUACCGCGAGCGGUAAUAGAGCCCACUCUGUACACGGGCCUCAUCUUCACUGUGGCCGGCUUGCGAGGCGGGUUCAUGGGCUGGCUCGGGUUCAACUUCGUCUGCAUAUUGUGUGCUAACUACGCCAAUGCUUACGGCUCGUUCCUAUCAUCGACGUUCAACUCAAUGGAAACCGCUGCUCUCGUCUCCGUACCAUUCGACCUCAUUGGUACAAUGUUCUCUGGUAUAUACAUGAACUUGGCUAGCGUAUCACCAUACCUAUCAUGGCUAAGAUACGUAUCAGGGUUCUAUUACGGAGUAGAGAGCAUCUCUAUACUCCAAUGGGAUUCAAUAGACACCAUUGACUGUGUAAAAAUCAAAGGAAUACCUUGCAUAACGACAGGGCCAGAGGUCUUAAAGCGAUUUGGUUACUCCGAAGAUCAUUUCUGGCGGAACUGUUUUUGUCUAAUCACUAUGUAUUGUGUAGCUCAUUUGAUUGCUUUCCUUAUGGUCAUAAAAAGAAGUAGAGGCACACCUGUAUAUUAGAAAAUACUUUAAUGGUUGUAUAAAUGAGCGACACUUUAUCGUUUUCACUUUCCACUUGACAAAGACAGCAUGACACUUAAAGGUGAAAUUAGUCUCAGUGUCGUUCUCGAUUACGACUAUAACUGUAGAUAGUUGUAGCAAUAGAUCAAUUACCACUGCUUGGUAUCCUGCAACCGAUGUGGAAAACAGGGUAACAUUAAAAAUAGUAAUAAUUUAAGAACAAA